AUGUCUAAAUCAACAAGAAUGAAGCAUCCUACUAACAAGAAUUAUUCUAGUGGUAACGAUCCCGGAAUUGUUGAAGCGAUUCGAAAGAAAACGAAGGAAGUUCACGAGGAAGCCGAAGUGUCUCGUAUCGCAAAAGAGGAGGAAAUGGGUCGAAUCAGGCAAAAAAAUCAAGUCGAAAAGAAAUAUAAGCGGAAAUAUGACCUUGCUACUCCUAAGCCUUUGGGACCUCGUCGAAAAGACGGUAAAAAUUUGAAUGCUUCCCACCGAAACCCAAGGGGCACGGGGAGUAAAGCCAAAGGGAUCAUUAUCGAUGACCCACCACCUCAAGCGGAGCAACCAACACAUGAAGAAUCUGAUUCCAAAAAACCUACUGAACAAGAAGGUGAUGAUAGAGAAAUUGAAGAAGAAAAAGAUGCUAAAGAAAAAGGUAAGAAGAAAGAAGGACCAAAGAAGAAGAAAGGUGACCACAUGCCCGACCCGCUGAAGAUGUUUGCUCGCGGCCCUGACGAUCCACCUUUAGGGAUACCCGGUGAUGGAGGAAAGGAUCACAAGGAUGUCGUUCGUAUUAUGAAGCUAGGAACGUCAGUGAGUAUGAUUAGGAAAUGGCCACUGGAAGGUAUAGAAACAACCGUUGGAGAAGUUCCGGAAGUAAUCGAUCUAGUCAAUUAUACAGGGUUGUUACCUGCGGUCGAGAAUUUGGACCUUGGUUACGACAGACCUCUUUGUUCCGCCUUUGCCGAGAGAUACUACGGGGAAACGGAUACUUUACAUCUUCCGUUUGGAGAAAUGACGAUAACUCCAAAUGAUGUGAAGUUAAUUACCUGCCUAAGCAUAGAAGGUAAAGCUGUGAAGCACAAAGGGUACGAGCCAGAGCUUGAGUGGGACAAGAUUUAUGCGUGGACCAAGGAAGUGUUCCAAUGGGAUGAGGAGAAGACCAAGAAGGAGAUGCUAGUAGGCAAGGCAAAGCAUAGGAUAUUCCAUCUCUCGAGGCUGAUGGAAAAUUUCAUGGGAACAAAGAAGCUUUGUGCUGAGGGAAAAGAGGUGAUGCCGCAACGUAUCAUCGCCACGGCCAAUGCGUAUGUCCUCUAUGUCCUGGGAGCUGUAAUCUUCCUCGACGUUUCCGGUGCCCGUUUAAGCGCCAACUUUAUCCAUCUUUUGCAACCAUUUGGAGAGCUUCGUGAAUACUCUUGGGCCACUGCCAUCCUUGCACACUCGUUGAAGGAGUUGAGAAAGGCUUCUAGGUCUCAAAGGAACCAAAUAGGAGGGAAUAUGGCUUUUCUGCAGGCUUGGAUAUAUAUGUAG